AUGGGUGGAAGUCAAGGUACACCUAAACGGGAAAACACACCUGGAAAUAUAGUACCACCAUUAAAUAUUCAAAUUCCAGCAGUUAACGAGACAACAUUGGAAAGCCGAGAAGAUAUCACAAUUUUGUGGGUUGGUACACUUCCACAAGACAUUAGUAAGCAAACACUUGAAGAGAAAAUUCAACAAGUCAAUAAUUCAGUCCGACUAUAUGACGAUCUUACAUUAUCUUCUGCUGCUUCCCAUCUUGGUACGGUAGUUAAUUGCAUGAAGGACUCUUUAGAGUACAUUCAGCUGACGGAAAAAGAAAAAGCUGUUAUCAUUUUAUCGUAUUCAGAUCCUAUGAAUUCAGAUUUAGUAAAGAAAUAUUUAGGUGAAGUUAACUCAAAACGUCAAGUGGAUUCAAUUUUAAUUCUUGAUAAUUUAAAUCAGGCUGAUCCUUCAUGGUCUUCCUCUUUCACAAAGGUGUCGAUUUUCAAUAAUUUCAAUCAAGUAUUCGCCGAAGUUGUGAAACAAAUUGAAUUAAUAGCUCGUCAGCUUCUAGCAUUUAGCUCAUUCGAACAAAAGCAGCGCACAACGAAAGAUCUAACCAAAGAAUCAGCUUCAUUCCUAUGGUUUCAAGUAUUAGUUGACGCCCUGAAAAAGAUGCCAACAAAUAAAAACUCUUUUAAAUCAAUGCUCACAAUGUGUAGAAAUUACUAUGGCACGCAAAAAAAGUACGAAGCUGACAUUAAUGAGUUUGAAAGUAAAUAUAUACCUUCCAAUGCAGUAAAAUGGUACACUCGUGAUACUUUUCUGUAUCGCUUGCUAAAUAAAGCUCUUCGCACAGAAGACGUUACUUCACUCUAUGUAUUUCGUACAUUCAUCGUUGAUCUGUGUAACCAGUUGGAAGCAGAGUUCGGAAAACUCAAAGUAAACGAAGAUGAAUUAAUACUAUAUCGUGGUCAACAAAUGUCUGAAACUGAAUUUGAAAAAUUACAACAUAAUGAACAUAAUUUAAUAUCUACGAAUGGCUUUUUCUCAACAACAAGAGGUAAACAUAUCGCAACGAAUUUUGCAAAAACAUCAAGCACAAGAGCUGAUUUAACGCCUGUUUUGUUUGAAAUUUGCGCUAGUACUAAACUAGAGAAAGUUGUAUUUGCUGAUAUUACAUCAUUAAGUGAAUAUGCUAGUGAGCAGGAAGUUCUGUUUAGUAUAGGUACUGUAUUUCAAAUUGAUAAGGCUGGUUAUGAUCCUAAUGAUAAAAUGUACAAAGUGAAUAUGACAGCAACUGAUGAAGGAUCUAAGAAUGUCGCCAAAUUAGUUAACAGAAGUUCGGAUAGUGGAAGACGUAUGUUGUUUGGAGAAUUACUAUUAGAUAUGGGAAAAUACACAGAAUCACAAAAGUAUUUUGAGAAGAUGAAGGAAGAGAUUAAUGCAGAUGAUGCUGAAAUCGCUGAUAUUCAUCAUAACUUAGGACGUGCCUACGGUUAUAAGGGUAAUUUUGACAAAGCGUUAGAUAAUUUCAACCGCGCCUAUGACAUUAGAUCUAGAACGCCUACAUCCUCUGGUUAUACGCUAGUUGAUACACUCAACAGUCUAGGUGUAAUCUAUGGGGAAAAAGGAGAAUAUGACAAGG